ACAUUGCUGGGGGGCAGACAGAUAAACUGGAUUGCAAGAUCAUCCCGUUAGCUACAAGCAGGAUGUCGGCAAUGCACAAAGUUUGUCUGAUCGUUAUCGUUCUCCUUGUGGUGCGAGGAACCCAUGGCAACACCCUCGGAGUGGCACCGUCUCUAAGAGAAAUGUGGGCUGAACUGAUGGGGGGAACAUCCACGACAGCAGGUGUCUGCGGCAAGGGCUGCUACGUGGAAAUCGCCGGAACGACGCAUUUCUUCGAAUACCAAUAUUUUGACAAGACCAACCCGUGCAAAGAAUACAUUUGCGACACCGCUAGUAGAAAUGUGGUGACGCAGACGAUCACUUGUGCUGAUGACCAACCUUGUGCAAGUCAGACACAAAAAGUGUUUUUGCCAGGAAAAUGCUGCCCCCAAUGCAGAGGUGUAGAUGUAGAUGUGCCGAGAGUUACAGAGUGGUCCGAAUGGACAAAGUGCAGUGAAACAUGUGGCCAAGGACAGAGAGCAAGAAGCAGGACCUGCAUCGUACCCGAGAAUGUUCCAAACGUGGGGGAUUGUUCAGGAGUCCCACUGCUGGAGUUUGAGACAUGUAACCUCACUCCCUGCCCUGUUGACUGUGAAUGGGAGUAUGGAAGGUGUGAGAGGUGUUCGUAA